GACCAUUCAUCAAGAAUUUUGUAUCCAAGGCCCAAAAGUUUGUUACCGAAGAUGAUGAAUGCUGACAUGGAUGCAGUUGAUGCUGAAAAUCAGGUGGAACUGGAGGAGAAAACACGACUUAUUAAUCAAGUGUUGGAACUCCAACACACCCUUGAAGAUCUCUCUGCAAGAGUAGAUGCAGUUAAGGAAGAAAAUCUGAAGCUAAAAUCAGAAAACCAAGUUCUUGGACAAUAUAUAGAAAACCUCAUGUCAGCUUCUAGUGUUUUUCAAACAACUGACACAAAAAGCAAAAGAAAAUAAGGGAUUGAUAUCCCUUAUGUCU